AUGUCGACUGAUAGUGAGUCCAAAAGGCGAGCCUAUAGAGAAGAAAAGGAAGGGGCCAGAAAGAAGUCGGUCAAGCUUGCCCCCGAGGCAACGCCAGAGUCCAAACCAGACCUUCCUAGGAAAAGAUACUACAGACAGAGAGCACAUUCUAAUCCAUUUUCUGACCAUCUGCUUGAUUAUCCACGCAAUCCCGAUGCUAUGGAGUGGGGGAAAUUGUACCCAGAGUAUGCCAACACCGACAAGAAAGUGGAAAUUGCCGAUAUAGGGUGUGGAUACGGAGGGUUGAUGAUUGGUUUGGCCAAAGAGUAUCCUCAGACGAUGAUUCUUGGAAUGGAAAUCAGAGUCCAAGUCACCCAAUAUGUGGAAGAUCGAAUAAUUGCAUUGAGAGAAAAACACGAGAAGGACGAGGUCAACUACCAAAAUAUUGCUGUACUUAGAGGCAAUGCCAUGAAAUUCUUACCAAAUUUUUUUCACCGAGGACAAUUGAAAAAGAUGUUUUUUUGCUUUCCAGAUCCCCAUUUUAAGCAAAGAAAGCAUAAAGCCAGAAUCAUCACCACCACGUUGUUGUCGGAGUAUGCCUACGUUUUGAGAGAAGAGGGUGUGUUGUACACUAUUACCGAUGUGGAAGACCUUCAUAUAUGGAUGGUGAAGCAUUUGGAUGAUCAUCCACUCUUCGAGCGAUUAGACAAAGAAUGGGAAAAAAAUGACAAAUGUGUGUCUAUUAUGUACGGGUCUACCGAAGAGGGCCAAAAGGUGGCAAGAAACAAAGGUAGUAAAUUCGUUGCAUGUUUCAGAAGAGUCGCCAACCCAGAGGAAUAA